AUGGGUGGUGAGUAUGUGCACGUGGAAGAGCUGUGCUGCGGCCCUGGAGGAUGCUCGUCAAACUUCGAGGUACAGUACGAAGGCUGCGGAUGCGUCGCGUCUUGCACUGCGCAUGCCGGUUGUUCGUGUCUCCUCUACAACCAGGAUAUUUUUAGCAACCGAAACUCGGUGAGAGAGACGGCUCUGGAACUGCCGAUUCUGGAAUGCUCGGCGAACUGUGCAUGCGCGGCGGAUAAGUGUGAGAACCGAUGCGUGCAACUGGGUGUAUCGCUUCCACUGCAGGUUUUCGAUGCCGGAGACAAAGGAUUUGGUUUACGCUGCACCAGUGAAAUUCCCAAAGGUCGCUUCGUGAUCGAGUAUGUGGGCGAAGUUGUCGGUCGCAGCGAAGUGACGUAUAUCGAUCCAUCGGUCCGUGGCAACCAGUCACGAUUCAUUAAUCACGGCUGUAGUCCGAAUUUGGUUAUAGUACUUGUUAGAUUUGGUACACCGCAGGUACAUGUUGGUCUUUUCGCCCUUCGCGACAUACCUGCUUAUGAAGAGCUUACAUAUGAUUAUGGUAUCAGUACUCUUUCCUCCGAUUUUCGUUUCAAAAAAUGUUUGUGUGAUAGCGCGAACUGUCAUAAAUUUCUUCCUGCUUCAGGAACUGCCACAGGUUAA